GUCUAGGCUGUGGUUGAUGCCACUUAGUUUCUGUACAUAUCCAAAUGCUCUUGCAGGAAAGGAAAUGGUUUUUCACACAUGGGUGAAAAUUUUCCUGCUAAAUAGCCUACCAGAUAUCUUUGUUUAAACUUGCUCCUAUUCCUGAAAAAAUUGUCUGAAAAUUUGUUAUUACUCAAGUUUUGGAUUCUGCACUUGUUUUUGUUUCUUGAGUAUCGACGUCCAAAUAUAAAUUAUGCCUGGUGGAGUUCUUGAAGUUAGCUUGACAUAUGCUAACAUAGAAAAUUGCUUGAUAUUUGGUUGUGGAAUCCAUUCUGCUCUGUCUUCGAAAAUGUUUUGCUUUGACACUUGCUCGUGCUCAAGUUCUGAAUUUUAUGCUAGUUGUUAUCUCGGUAUACCAAUAUACCUGUUAAUUCUUGUUUUAAGUUUCAUGUAGACACCACUUUAGGAGGGGUGACGACUUCUAGGGGUAUAUUUAGAAAUAUCCCUAUUUUGGUUAUGGAUAGAUAGCCUAAUGCUGAUAUUAUGUCUUAAUAUCUUUGAUUGACGUGAUUGUAAAAAUAUUGUGCCACCAUGGACUAUGCUUAAAUGGGUUAUCAUCACAGUAUUUAGUGCUCCAGAGUUUAGUUCUAGAGGAAUGGUUCUUUCCUCUAUCCGCUUAGAUUCUUGCCUUGCCAUCCAAUAGUGCGUUAUCGAUUAACCCUGGGUGGUGGCAGAAUGUACAAGGCCUUUUACAUUAGGUCUAUCUGUUUGAGUAUCCAUUUGGGCAUUCAUAUAUGAAUGCAAACAUAGACAUACAUGAGCAUAUACAUGCAUACAUGCAUGCACACAUGUGCAUUCAUACAUGCAUGUGCAUAAAGGCAUUCAUUCAUAAAUGCAUAUACAUGCAUUCAUCCAUUCAUGAUCCCAUAUGUCCGAGUGAUGCUUAUCCGUCUCGGAUAGGGUUCCAUCUUUUAGCUGGACUCAUCAUUUGACUCCUUGCCAUGUGUCUGAUGAGUGCCGGGUCUUGAUUUGGGUCAAGAGCACCACAUAAUCACGCCGCAAACCCUCGAGUGUAGUUACUUGUGUUGAGGCGUGAAGUUAUCUCCUGCUUCCCAAAUGGCCAUUGGGGAGGGUGGAGAUUGAGACUGUUGUUGGCUUGUUAGGGCAGUGAUGAGUACUCAUCCCUGUGAAGUGAAUCCGAUUAUUGUACCUUUGUAAUUGUUAGCCGUGUAUUUGAGAUUGAUUUUCUUGUUAUUGUUGUUGUUGAUGCUAGUGCUGCUACCUAUUUUGUGUUUAAAAUUGGUGCGCAGAAUGUGGUCCUUGUUUAGAUUGUUUAGUUUGAUAUAAAUUGUCAUUCUAGAGCGACAUUUGUUUUGUCUUCAGCCUGACUUUUAAAGUAUUUAACCAGUUUUGUGACAGCUAUGCAGUUGUUUCUUUGUUAGAAAUUCUUGGUUGGUUUACUUGCAUCUAGUUACCUACAAAGGGUCCGGCCAUGAAACCUGUAGAGCCAUGGUGUCCUUCUAGAA